AUGGGUCUGUCGGUUCUGGAUCUCGCUGUGAGAGUCUCGCUUCUGGCUGCGAUCUGCGGCUCCAGCAGCGUGCCUUCAUUCAUCCUGCCCUUCACCAGCUGCCUGCGGAGCCGCGGGAAGGAGGGCUUCUACCAGGGGGCGAUAGACCUCACCGAGUCCGGCAGCCGGUGCAUGAACUGGACCGAGGUGGCCGGCUUCAGGGAGCGCCACCCCGGCAAAGGGAUCGGAGAGCACAACCACUGCCGCAACCCGGACGGCAGGAUCCGACCCUGGUGCUUCUUCAAGAACCAGAGAGGCAGAGUGGACUGGGGUUACUGCGACUGUAAACAAGGCUCAGCGCGUCUGCAAGGAGGCCGCACCAAGCUCGAUGGGCGGGUGGAGGUCUAUCUGGGGGGAGCGUGGGGGUCGGUCUGUGGCGAUGACUGGGGGGACAAAGACGCUGCAGUCGUCUGCAGACAGCUGGGCAAGGGGAUCUCAGGUCGUGGACGUGCAGUUGCCCUGUUUCGUCCGAACAUGUCCAAACUCCACUGGAGGGCGGUCCAUUGUGAGGGGGCGGAGCCAGACCUGCUUCAGUGUCCUAAGACCACCUGGAAUGGAGGAGAGUGCUCCAUGGUUGCAGCCGUUACCUGCACCCAACAGCAAGAGGUGACGCUCCCUAUAAGGUUGCUGGGAGGUCGAUCGGGGUCAGAGGGCACGGUUGAGGUCUUCCACGCAGGGCAGUGGGGCUCCAUAUGUGACGACCAAUGGGACGACAGUGAUGCUGAGGUGGUGUGUCGACAGCUGGGCCUGAGCGGUGCAGCGAGGGCUUGGGGCCAGGCACAUUUUGGGAAGGGCUCAGGCCGUGUGUGGCUGGAUGAGGUGCGUUGCACAGGCAAUGAGCUCUCGCUGGAGCAGUGUCCAAAAAGCGCUUGGGGGGAACACAACUGUCUGCACGCUGAGGAUGCCGGAGUAUCCUGUAACCCUCUUAUAGAUGGUAGCGUUAGGCUGGUCGGGGGUACAAGCAGCCACGAGGGACGUUUAGAAGUCUACUACGGUGGACAGUGGGGGACAGUGUGUGAUGACGGCUGGGCAGACUCAAACACACACGUAGUCUGUCGACAACUUGGUUACAGGUUAGGCGAGACGCUGCCCUCUGAAGGACUAGACAUCACCCCAGUCCCGCGCUUUGGGGUCGGGUCAGGUCCAAUACUUUUGGAUGAUGUGAGCUGCACAGGGAAAGAACCCAGUCUGUUGCUGUGCAGCAAGAGGGAGUGGCUCCGUCAUGACUGCACACACCAUGAAGAUGUUAAUAUCGCCUGCAGCCCUGAGCACAAUGGAGAGAGUCUUCCUACGAAUGUCCCGGUGAGGCUUGUGGGAGGAGAGAGCCCGAGAGAAGGCCGGGUGGAGCUCUACCUGUCUGGUCUAUGGGGGACUGUGUGUGACGAUGGAUGGACUGAUCGUGAUGCGGAGGUCGUGUGCCGACAGUUGGGCUACAGUGGCAUGGCAAAGGCCCGUGUCAUGGCGUACUUCGGCGAAGGGACGGGGCCCAUCCACGUUGACAAUGUAAAGUGCGGCGGCGAGGAGCGCUCGUUAGCCGACUGCAUCAAACAGGCGCCCGGCACGCACAACUGUCGCCACAGUGAGGACGCCGGGGUCAUCUGUGACUACGGUGUAUCCCAGGCCGGCUACAAAGAGGUCAAAGAUCCUGUCAACUCAAUUUGCGGUCUGCGGCUCGUACACACUCGCCAGCGCCGGAUCAUAGGAGGAGAAAACUCUCUGAGGGGUGGCUGGCCAUGGCAGGCUGCGAUUCGUCUGCGUGGCUCUCGAGGAGAUGGGAGGUUGGUGUGUGGAGCCACUCUCAUCGACUCCUGCUGGGUGCUGACCUCAGCUCACUGCUUCAAGAGAUAUGGAAACAGCACCAAGCAGUAUAAAGUGAGAGUGGGCGAUUACCACUCCCUCGUCCCGGAGGAAUACGAAGAGGAGUACGGUGUCGAUCAUAUCGUCCUCCACCCAAGCUACCACUCCCAUAGCAACGAUAACGACCUGGCCUUGGUGCGUCUGUCGCCGGGGGCCGUGGGCCAGUUCCCCGGAGAGUGUGUGUCAUUCAGCCGUCAUGUCCUUCCCGCUUGUCUGCCCAAGAGGAAGGAGAGAACUCUCAAACAAGCCAGCAACUGUCACAUUACCGGCUGGGGUGACACAGGCCGGUCAUAUUCCAAGACCCUGCAGCAGGCCCCCCUCUCAGUGCUCCCCCGCCGCCACUGCCAGCAGCAUUUCCACGACGCUUUCACGAGCCGCAUGCUCUGUGCCGGCAGCAUCCAGGCGGAGAGGCGUGUGGACAGUUGCCGUGGUGAUAGCGGAGGUCCACUGGUGUGUGAGCGUCCAGGAGGGGGCUGGGUAGUUUACGGGGUCACGUCCUGGGGUCACGCCUGCCGGACACAACAGUCCCCCGGUGUCUACACCAAAGUCUCUUCAUUCAGCUCCUGGAUACGCAAGGUGAUUCGACGGGAUGAGAAAACACGUUGA